AUGGCUCCUUACCUCAACGAGACGCAGUCUACUGCUUCGAGCAACGCUCAAGCACCCCUCUUCACCGUCCAGUCUCCCAACGUAACAUACUCUGAUGAUGCUAUCGUCAGCAAGUACGUCUACCGCCAGACCAAGGUCACCAAGUCAUCCAAUGGCGGCUACGUCGCUACACCCAAAGAGACUGCCUAUGACUUCAAGGUCGAGCGCAAGGUUGGCAGAGUCGGCAUGAUGCUUGUCGGCUGGGGUGGCAACAAUGGAUCGACUGUGACUGCUGGUAUCAUUGCCAACCGUCAAGGUCUUUCAUGGGACACUCGCGAGGGCAAGCAAUCAGCAAACUACUACGGUUCCAUGGUCAUGUCAUCGACAGUCAAGCUCGGCGCCGAUUCGGAGACUGGCGAGGAGAUCUUUGUUCCCUUCAACCAACUUCUCCCCAUGGUCAACCCCAACGAUCUUGUCAUUGGUGGUUGGGACAUCAGCGGCAUGAACAUUGCCGAAUCGAUGGACAGAGCUGGAGUCCUCGAGCCUACCUUGAAGCAGAUGGUCCGCAAGGAGAUGUCACAGAUGGUCCCCCUGCCCAGUAUCUACUACCCUGACUUCAUCGCCGCCAACCAAGAAUCGAGGGCAGACAACAUUCUUGAGGGCUCCAAGGCCUGCACCGAGCACCUUGAGAAGAUCAGAGCAGACAUCCGCGAGUUCAAGUCCAAGCACAAUCUGGACAAGAUCAUCGUCCAAUGGACUGCCAACACAGAGCGCUUUGCCGACAUCCUUCCCGGCGUCAAUGACACAGCAGAGAACCUCCUCCAGUCAAUCGCCUCAGGCCAUGCCGAGAUUGCCCCCUCCACAAUCUUCGCAACCGCCUGUAUCCUCGAAAACGCACCGUUCAUCAACGGCUCGCCCCAAAACACUUUCGUGCCCGGUGUCAUUGCUCUGGCCGAGAAACACUCCGCCUUCAUCGGAGGUGACGACUUCAAGUCAGGCCAAACCAAGAUGAAGUCCGCUCUCGUUGACUUCCUCAUCAACGCCGGAAUCAAAGUCAAGUCUUUGGCUUCUUACAACCAUCUCGGCAACAAUGACGGCAAGAACCUCUCGGCCCCUUCUCAGUUCAGAUCAAAGGAGAUCUCCAAGUCGAACGUUGUUGAUGACAUGGUUGCUGCCAACAACAUCCUCUACGCAAAGGACGAACACCCUGAUCACACCGUCGUCAUCAAGUACAUGCCCAGCGUCGGUGACAACAAGAGAGCUCUGGACGAAUACUAUGCCGAAAUCUUCAUGGGCGGCCACCAAACCAUCAACAUGUUCAACAUCUGCGAAGACUCACUGUUGGCCUCGCCUCUCAUCAUCGACUUGGUCUUGAUUGCCGAGCUCAUGACCAGAGUUCAGUGGAGAGCCAACGGGACCGAAGAUGCCGAGUUCAAAGGCUUCCACUCCGUGCUGAGUGUGUUGAGCUACAUGCUCAAGGCUCCUCUGACUCCUCCCGGCACUCCCGUUGUCAACGCUUUGAGCAAGCAGAGAAACGCUCUGGUGAACAUUUUCCGCGCUUGUGUUGGUCUGGAGCCUGAGAAUGACAUGACCCUCGAGCACAAGUUGUUCUAA